CUAAAUCUAAUCCUUCUUCGUUGAACCCGCAAAGUAGAAUCCUCGCCUCUGGCGCCGCAACACCUUGUUGGCCAUGAAUCCCGCUCUCCUCUCAGCCCCUCCUUCCUCCCAACACCCUUUACUUCUCUCCUUUCCUACCUUCCGCUUCCGCCCAGCCUCCCUUUCCAAACGCCGCCGUUUCAAAUUCUUCUCACCUCUCAACUCUCUCUCCUCCUCCUCCUCCUCCAGCGACCAAUCACCGUCAUCUGCUAAUCUCACUACCCCCGGCAUUUUCGGCGGCAAGAAGGACCUCGACGGCAUCCAACCCGUGCUCGAUCAAUUGUCACCCACUAUUAGAUUAGCCACCUCUGCCAUCUUCCUUGCUGGAGCGGUCGCCGCGGGUUAUGGCUUGGGACUCCGGUUCUGCGGAACCCGAAAUGCGGCGUUGGGUGGGGCCGCUGUUCUGGGGGCUGCUGGUGGUGCAGCUGUCUAUGCGGCAAAUUCCGCUGUUCCUGAAGUUGCGGCUGUUAAUUUGCAUAAUUACGUUGCCGGUUGCGAUGAUCCUGGGGCUGUCAAGAAGGAAGAUAUUGAAAAUAUUGCCAAAAAAUAUGCGGUGAGCAAGCAGGAUGAGGCGUUUCAUAUGGAGCUCUGUGAUUUAUACUGCAGUUUUGUGUGUUCUGUCCUUCCUUCUGAGAAUGAAGAUCUUAAAGGUGAUGAAGUUGACAAAAUUUUGAACUUCAAAAAUGCCUUGGGCAUUGAUGAUCCAGAUGCAGCUGCUGUGCAUAUGGAGAUUGGUAGGCGGAUUAACAGGCAAAAACUUGAGACCGGAGACAGAGAUGGUAACAUAGAGCAACGUCGGGCAUUUCAGAAGCUAAUUUAUGUUUCUACUCUAGUCUUUGGAGAAGCAUCAUCAUUCCUUUUACCUUGGAAACGUGUUUUAAAGCUAACUGACGCAGAGGUUGGGAUUGCUAUCCGUGAGAAUUCCAAGCGGUUGUACGCUUACAAAUUAAAUUCACUUGGCAGAGACAUUGAACCAAAACAACUUAUUGCCCUUAGAGAAGCACAACUCAACUAUAGACUUUCUGAUGAGCUUGCUGAGGACUUGUUUAGGGACCAUGCAAGAAAACUAGUUGAGGAGAAUAUUUCUGCAGCACUCAGCAUACUCAAGUCCAGGACAAGAGCAGUUGGGGGAGUCCAGCAAGCUGUGGGACAGCUUGAUAGGAUACUGGCUUUCAAUUCCCUGCUCAUCUCCUUAAGGGACCAUAUGGAUGCUGAUCGUUUUGCACGUGGAGUUGGUCCUGUCUCCUUAGUAGGUGGAGAAUAUGAUAGUGACAGAAAGAUGGAUGACUUGAAACUUCUCUAUCGGGCUUAUGUUACAGCUUCUUUAUCUGGUGGCCGCAUGGAAGAAAAUAAGCUUGCUGCAUUGAGCCAACUGAGGAACGUUCUUGGACUGGGCAAACAAGAAGCAGAAGCUAUUACUCGUGAUGUUACUUCGAAAGUAUAUCAGAAACGACUUUCUGAUGCUGUUCAGGAUGGUAAACUAGAGAUGGCAGAUAGCAAAGCUGCUUUCCUCCAAAGUCUAUGUGAUGAACUACACUUUGAUACAGAGAAGGCUAGUAAGAUUCAUGAAGAAAUAUACCAAAAAAAGCUUCAGCAAUGUGUGGCUGAUGAAGAGCUGGAUGACAAGGAUGUUGCUGCAUUGCUGAGGCUAAGGGUAAUGCUUUGCAUUCCUCAGCAAACUGUGGAUGCUGUCCAUAUGGAUAUCUGUGGCCGUUUGUUUGAAAAGGUUGUGAGGGAUGCAGUUGCUUCUGGAGUUGAUGGAUAUGAUGCUGAUGUUAGGAAAGCUGUGGGAAAAGCUGCACAUGGCUUGCGAUUAACAAGGGAAGCUGCUAUGUCAAUUGCCAGCAAGGCUGUUCGAAAGGUUUUCUUGACCUAUGUUAAACGUGCACGGUCAGCAGAGAACCGAACCGAGUCUGCAAAAGAACUUAAAAAGAUGAUAGCAUUCAACAGGUUGGUCGUGACAGAAUUGAUAGCCGACAUUAAAGGUGAGUCCUCUGAUACUCCAUCAGACGAGAGUGUUAAAGAGGAAUUACACAGAUUUGAUGACAAUGAUGGAUGGGAACGCCUUCAGACGCUUAAGAAAAUAAGACCUGACAAGGAGCUUACUGCUAAAAUGGGGAAGCCAGGCCAGGCAGAGAUAACUCUCAAAGAAGACAUCUCUGAGAGAGAUCGGAUGGACCUAUAUAGAACUUACCUGCUAUAUUGUCUUACUGGAGAAGUCACAAGGAUCCCCUUUGGUGCUCAGAUCACCACAAAGAAGGAGGAUUCAGAGUUUCUUCUGCUAAACCAGCUUGGGGGAAUCCUGGGUUUGACAACGAAGGAGAUAGUUGAUGUCCAUCGGAGUAUGGCUGAGCAGACUUUUAGGCAACAAGCUGAGGUGCUUUUGGCUGAUGGACAAUUGACAAAGGCAAGGGUUGACCAGCUCAGUGAGCUACAGGAGCAAGUUGGCUUGCCUCCAGAGUAUGCACAAAAAAUUAUAAAGAGUAUAACCACGAGCAAAAUGGCAGCUGCUAUUGAAAAAGCUAUUGCUCAAGGGAGGCUCAGUAUCAAGCAGAUAAGAGAACUCAAGGAUGCAGGUGUUAAUUUGGACACCAUGAUCCCAGAGAGUUUGCGAGAAAACCUCUUCAAGAAAACUAUAGAUGAGAUUUUCUCAUCAGGCACUGGAGAGUUUGAUGAGGAAGAAGUUUUUGACAAAAUUCCAUCAGAUCUCAAGAUUAAUGAUCAAAAGGCAAAAAGAGUUGUCCAUGAGCUUGCAUGUAGUAGACUAACCAAUUCUUUGAUUCAGGCUGUAUCACUACUAAGGCAGAGAAAUCAUCAAGGAGUGGUUGCCUCUCUUAAUGACUUACUGGCUUGUGACAAAGCUGUUCCUUCAGAGCCAUUGUCAUGGGAUAUGCCUGAGGAGUUAGCUGAUCUAUACGGUAUAUAUGCAAGACGUAACCCUGAAUCCGAGAAAUUGGUGCGAUUGCAGUAUCUGCUGGGGCUAAGUGAUUCAAUGGCUGCUGCCCUUAGAGAGACGGGAGAGGAAGUGUUGUCCAUGGGAAAAGAAGAAAAGUUUAUUUUUUGAUUGGUAGGAAAGAAAGGUGUUGUAUAAUACCUACUUGAUGGGUUCAAUUUCAGGGAUUUCCCUAAAUGUUAAACCCAGGCUAAAUUUUGUAAUAAACGUACCAUAAACUACUGCUACUAUCAGUUUUAUAUCAAUUUUUGUCUCGAAGCUCAAUUAUUAUGUACUAAAUUAUGUCUUGUAACUAUCAAAUUGUUAUCAAUUGUCAAUUA